GCUCGUUGCGUUUACAGCAAACAAACUAACGACCCAAAUAUCUCGUGCUCUAUUUAGCCUUUAGAGCAGAAAACACCAUUCUGGCGCUAACCUGCACUCCUGCAGCUUUGCUUCUUCUUUAAUGGCGUCCAUGCCUUUUUCCAGUUUCUGCUUCUUUCGGAAGCCAAAUUCUCUCACCUUCAGCUUCUUAGCUUCGGAUCGAUUCAAGUUCAAUUCUUGUUCGACCCUUAGAUUCGGAAAGACUCAGAGAAGCCGGAGAGUUGGAAUUACUGUUUGCAGAGCAGCUUCUGUUACCUUCGGAAACCUGGAUGCCGAUGAUUUUCGUCACCCUCUUGAUCAACAGAACACGGUGAUACUGAGAGCAAUACCAGGAUUGAACGAACUGGGAAAGGCUCUUCUUGGAACAGUAGCAGAGCAGAUCAUGCUUCUUGAGAAUAUAGGGACAUCUGUUCUUGUUUCUGAGAGCCAGCUUCCUGGUCUUCACCAGUUAAUGGUGGAAGCUGCAGAAAUAUUAAAUGUUGAUGCUCCUGAUCUGUAUGUCCGGCAGAGUCCUGUGCCUAAUGCAUAUACACUAGCUAUAAGUGGUAAACGGCCAUUUGUUGUUGUUCAUACUAGCCUUGUGGAGCUGCUAACUAAAGAAGAGUUUCAGGCUGUUUUGGCUCAUGAGCUAGGCCACCUAAAAUGUGAUCAUGGUGUGUGGCUAACAUAUGCGAACAUUCUAACCCUUGGAGCCUAUACCGUACCUGGCAUAGGUGGCUUAAUAGCUCGGACUCUGGAAGAGCAGUUAUUCCGCUGGCUUCGAGCAGCUGAGUUGACCUGUGAUCGUGCAGCUCUUCUUGUUGCUCAAGACCCUAAGAUUGUCAUCUCUGUUCUGAUGAAAUUAGCUGGAGGAUGCCCGUCUAUGGCUGAUCAACUAAAUGUGGAUGCGUUCUUGGAGCAAGCACGCUCUUAUGAUAAAGCUUCUUCCAGCCCCGUUGGGUGGUAUCUAAGGAAUGCUCAAACAAGGCAGCUUUCUCAUCCUGUGCCUGUACUACGUGCUCGGGAAAUUGAUGAAUGGUCAAGAAGUCCAGCUUACAAGUCUCUUCUGAAACGCGGAAUACCGAUCACAUCUCUACAAAAUGUUUAACGCUGCUCACAUUGAUACUAUUCAAAAUGCACAACAGCUCAAAAGUUCAAAUGUUAGAUGCUGCUUGGUGGCGAAUGGUCCGAGUCCAAGGUGUCAGGAUGCAAUAGGAUUUAAUGUGGACCUACAGCUGCUAUAAAUGCUGAUAUACUACUACUGUAAAUCUAGAUACAUAUAUUCUCUCUGCUCGCUGCAUUACUCAACCUGUAAGUAGAAUUUUGCUAAAGGGAAACAUUAGCUCAUAUCAAUAUUGGUCUAGGAGAAAAGUAAAGAACUAUUUGUAUACGUUUAUGUUUGUAAUUAGAAAUUCUGUUGUUAUA